AGCUUUUCAAAGUUUGAAUCUUUAUUUUGUUCUAAACAUUGUCUGGCUUCUGGGGUGUCUUGAGUUAUCAUUGUUCAGCUCUGCAACUCCGAGCCUGUGAAUUCCACUGAAGUUUUUUAUUCAAAGUUUGAUGCUUUUCUUGAACUUGAAAAAUGGGUCUUUUUGCUUUCGAAAAAACAUAGCUGAUUUUAGAUAUUCUUCAUGAAAGAAUUUGAAAGGGGAAGAUGAGGAAUGCAAGUGCUGCACCUGAGGCAGUGGAGAAAAAACCAAGAAGGAACAAGAGAGUUGUUGAUGAGAAUGUUCCUUUGUUGCCAAAGGUUCAGGCGAGUGAUGAUGAUGAUGAUGAUGAUGCUUCAGGGUUUGAAGAGUUCAAUGGAGCUUCAUUUUGUGGGGCAGUUUUCAACUUGUCAACCACAAUCAUUGGUGCUGGAAUCAUGGGGUUACCAGCAUGUGUGAAAAAGUUGGGGAUGGUGCCUGGGCUUCUUGCUAUAAUCUUAACAGGUUUCUUGACAGAGAAGUCAAUUGAGUUCAUGAUUAGGAUUUCUAGGGUUGGGAAUGUUUCCUCUUAUGGGAGUCUCAUGAGGGAUGCUUUUGGAAAAUCUGGAAAAGCUUUGGUGGAGAUAUGUGUUAUAGUCAACAGCAUUGGUGUGUUGAUUAUUUACAUGAUUAUACUUGGGGAUGUGAUUUCUGGAACAUCUUCUGGUGGAACUCACCAUUCUGGUUUGCUUGAAGGCUGGUUUGGAGUUCAGUGGUGGACUGGAAGAACUUUUGUUGUUUCUUUUACAACAGUUGCUGUGUUUGCACCUUUGGUCAGUUUCAAGAGAAUUGAUUCAUUGAAAUUCACAUCUGCAUUAUCAGUUGGGCUAGCAGUAGUUUUUCUGGUGAUUGCUGUUGGAAUGAGUGUGUUGAAGAUCAUAACCGGAGGCAUUGGAAUGCCCAGACUCUUCCCAAUCAUUACUGAUAUGACAUCAAUUUGGGAACUGUUCACUGUAGUUCCUGUGCUUGUCACUGCUUAUAUCUGCCACCCUAACGUACACCCUAUAGCAAAUGAGCUGGAGGACUCCUCUCAGAUGAAUGGCGUUGUACGUGCGUCACUUGCUCUGAGUGCUUCAGUGUACUUGCUCACAAGCUUCUUUGGGUUCCUCCUAUUUGGCGAAGCAACACUUGAUGAUGUGCUUGCAAAUUUUGACACUAAUCUUGGAAUUCCUUUGGGUUCUGUUCUAAAUGAUGUAGUUCGUUCCAGCUAUGCAGCACAUCUUGUGCUUGUAUUUCCAGUUGUUUUCUAUGGAUUGCGUGUCAACCUAGAUUCUCUCUUAUUUCCAUCAUCUAGGCCUUUGACUCAACAUAAACUCAGAUUUGCAUCAAUUACUGUUACACUUGUUGCUGUUAUCUUCCUCGGAGCAAAUUUCAUACCCAGCAUUUGGGAUAUUUUUCAGUUCACUGGAGCAACAGCUGCUGUUUGUAUAGCAUUCAUAUUUCCAGCUUCCAUCAUUCUGAGGGAUCGACACAACGUAGCAACCAAAAGGGACAAGAUUCUAUCUGUCUUUAUGAUAUUUUUGGCUGUCUUGUCGAAUGCUGUGGCUUUAUACAGUGAUACUUAUGCCUUGAUCAAGAAGAACAAAACUUAUACAUGAAUUCUUUUUUUCUUGAAA